AAGAUAACCUACGACUCUUGUCAACUGAACCUUUUCUAUUUUCAUUUUUUGAGUGUCAAGAUAUGUCAAAUCUUGUGACUUAAUCAUAAUUUGUCAAGUGAAAAAUGAGCAAAAAAGAGACUGCAACUACGACCGAACCUCCUGUCGAGCUGGAAUGGCAGUUUAUACUGAGGCUGCCUGAGGAACCAGCGAUGGCACUUCGUGAGAUUUUAAGGAGUGGAUCCAACAACUUGAAAGACAGAUUUUCCAUCAGACUUGAGAAUGAUGUUCGGUAUGGCGAAGUUAGGAUAGACAACUGGUUCCUCCAUGCAAAGGUCGUAGAUUUGCCGACAAUAGUCGAAUCCUUGAAGACAAUUGAUAAUAAGAGUUUUUACAAAACGGCUGAUAUCUGUCAGAUGAUGAUAUGUAAAGAGGAAGACGAUCAAACAACCGAUGAUGAAUCGCCAGCAAAGCAUAAGAAGAAAGAUCCAAACAAGGUGGACAAAAAGUUCCUCUGGCCUCAUGGGAUCACACCCCCUCUUAAAAACGUACGGCGCAGGAGAUUUAGAAAAACCCUCAAAAAGAAGUACGUCGAGGCGCCUGAGGUUGAAAAGGAAGUCAAACGUUUGCUGAGAGGCGACAACGACGCCGUAUCCGUCAAGUGGGAAGUGAUCUCAGAAGAGGAUGAAAAGAAGACUUCAAUGGCUACCGCUCCGCAGGGCGACAACAUGGGCAACAUCGUGAUCAAAGAAGAGCCGAAUACAAUCGCAGAUACAAACACACAAACAUCAGUGGACGUCGCCGAACAUGAUAUAUUUGGUGAGGCUGUCAGCGACUCUGAUGAAGAAGAGGCAAGGAUCGACAUUAUCGAGGAAAUGGAGGAAAAUAGCCGCCUCUCUGCUGAUGACAGUAGAAUUUCUGAUUCAAUGUCCAUGAAUAAUAGUGGAAGGCAGACUCCUGGCGUCGGUGAUAAUUCAGCAUCAGGAUCCGGCCUUGUUACUGAAUUUUCAAAGAGCAUGUUUACCAAAGACAACAACAGGACGUCUGAUGAUGAUCUAGACGAGGACGAUGAAUUUGAAUUUGGACGUUCCGGAUACAAACCGGCGCACACUCUGUCAAUAGAUGAAAUCCGAGCUCGCGUCGACCAACUGCAGAAAGACCUGGCCGACCUGAAGGAAAGGAGGAAUCAGCAGGAGAUGGAAGUGGCCAACAUCGAAAAUCACGCCCUGAGGCAAAGGUUCCAGGACCUUCUUGACAACCUCCUCCAACAGCAGUUGGAGAAAGAACAAGAGUACCAAUAUCUCACUGACUUAUUAAACCCACUCCAUUAAUCCUCAAUGUAGCUGAAAUAAAGUUCUAUUCUAUAAGAUUUUUUUUUUUUUUUUAAUAAAUGUUUAUAAGAAAUACAAGUUUUUUAAAUAAAUGUUUAUAAGAAAUACAAGUUUUCGUUCUUAAAUUAUGGCAACAUGUAAAUAAAACACUUUUUUGUUUA